CGGACAUACUCGUACUCCGAGCCCCAGCUGUACAGCCAGAACAGUGGAGGGAGCUACUUUGACACGCAGGGAAGCUCAUCCGAGGUGUCCACGGUGGUGUUGUCCAAUGGCAUGGCCAACAAUGGAGGGGGGAACGGGGGUCUGACCAUGGGUCUGGCCGGGGGGCAGAUCAUCAGCAGCUCUGGAGCCUACCUCAUCGGGGGCAACUCCAUGGACAACUCUGCCCCCCACCCAGCCACCCAGACUACCCGAGCCUCCCCGUCCACUGUGAGUGUACGGCCCCCCUUUACUUACUCUUCUUGUCCUGUCUGUCCUGUAAGUCGGUCUAUCAAGCCACUCUCUCCUGCCUGUCAUUAUGCAUAUCUGAAGCCUUUCUUGAGUAACUAUAGCACCACUUAGCUACUUUAUGUCAGUGUCUGAGAAUGUUAUUUUGUCCAGUCUCCCUCUGUCCUGUGGUCUUCUCAGCUAGUACUUUUUAUAGGUAUCUACCCAUCCAGUAAUGUGAAAUGGAAUUUCCUCUCGUGCUGUGUUUUAACUAAAGUGUAAAUAAAUAGUAAUCACCAUAAUAUUUGUUAGUACUGCUUUACUGUGUAGUGAAGCUUUUAAGACAAAACACAGUGGGUGUGUUUGAGCAGUAAGCCUAACGAAGACGAUUGUAGAUGGAAGUCGGCAAGUGAAGUCAGAAGGUGCAUCUUCGACAGCCAAAAGUCGGACACUGUAGUGGUUUUCCAACAGCAAGGCUCAGACCAACAGGGCAGUGUCAACAAAGCUGCUAUUAUUUAUAAAUGUUUUUCUGUAUAAAUGUCGAAUAAUUUUAUACCCCCAUAUCACACACUCACAAACUGAAAACAUAACGGGGCCAAACUUGCGAACAUUAGAAACCGUUUAAAUGUAAACAGUUUCUCUGUCUAAAAAUGUGCAUCAGCCAGUUAAAAUCGUCGAACGCUACAUUGUAGCUGGUCCCAUCAGAUAAUCUGGCACACGUUAGCCCUAUGCUAACCUCACCAGAUGACUGUGAUUAUUUCCUGUAACAAAAUUCCGCAUCAGCCUAUCAAAGAUCUUAGACUUUAUAUCCACCAACCAAUUGCAUUUAUUAAAAUCAACCCUGGCCACCAGAGGGAUAUUUUAAACCUUCAAAUUCAAGAUUUACUGUUGUUAAAUUGGUCUGUAACAAAAUGUUUUGUGCCAAUAUUGCAUUUAGGCAUACUUGGAUAGGCUAUUAGUACUAACGUUAGACAAAAUGUUCACGUUUUCGCCUAUCAGCUUGACACACAUUCAUGUGCUUUCACAGCAAUAAAGACGUAGGAGGAUUAUACAACAUGCACGUUUUAUAUUCGUAAAUUGUUUUUACAAAAAUAAGUCUGAUGCUCGUGGUCUUGUUAAAUACACUACAUGACCAAAAGUAUGUGGACAGCUGCUCGUCGAACAUCUCAUUCCAAAAUCAUGGGCAUUAAUAUGGAGUUGGUCCCCCCUUUGCUGCUAUAACUGCCUCCACUCUUCUGGGAAGGCUUUCCACUAGAUGUUGGAACAUUGCUGCACGGACUUGAUCCAUUCAGCCAUAAGAGCAUUAGUGAAGUCGGGCACUGAUGUUUGGCGAUUAUGCCUGGCUCGCAGUCGGCAUUCCAAUUCAUUCCAAAGGUAUUUGAUGAGGUUGAGGUCAGGGCUCUGUGCAGGCCAGUCAAGUUCUUCCGCACCGAUCUCGACAAACCAUUUCUGUAUGGAUCUCGCUUUGUGCCCGGGGGCAUUGUAUGAAAAAAAAAAAAUGAUGCACUCACUAUAACUGUAAGUCGCUCUGGAUAAGAGCGUCUGCUAAAUGACUAAAAUGUAAAUUGUCAUGCUGAAACAGGAAAGGGCCUUCCCCAAACUGUUGCUACAAAGUUGGAAGCACAGAAUUGUCUGUAAUGUCAUUGUGUGCUGUAGCGUUAAGAUUUCCCUUCCCUGCAACUAAGGGGCCUAGCCCGAACCAUGAAAAACAGUCCCAGACCAUUAUUCCUCCUCUACCAAACUUUACAGUUGGCACUAUGCAUUGGGGCAGGUAGCGUUCUCCUGGCAUCCGCCAAACCCAGAUUCGUCCGUCAGACUGCCAGAUGGUGAAGUGUGAUUCAUCACUCUAGAGAACGCGUUUCCACUGCUCCAGAGUCCAAUGGCGGUGAGCUUUACACCACUCCAGCCGAUGCUUGGCAUUGGUGAUCUUAGGCUUGUGUGUGGCUGCUCGGCCAUGGAAACCCAUUUCAUGAAGCUCCAGACGAACAGUUCUUGUGCUGACGUUGCUUCCAGAGGCAGUUUGGAACUCGGUAGUGAGUGUUGCAACCGAGGACAGACGAUUUUUACGCGCUUCAGCACUCGGCGGUCCCGUUCUGUGAGCUUGUGUGGCCUACCACUUCACGGCUGAGCCGUUGUUGCUCCUAGACGCUUCCACUUCACAAUAAUAGCACUUACAGUUGACUGGGGCAGCUCUAGCAGGGCAGAAAUCUGACGAACUGACUUGUUGGAAAGGAAGCAUUCUAUGACGGUGCCACGUUGAAAGUAACGGAGCUCUUCAGCAAGGCCCUUCUACAGCUAAUGUUUGUCUAUGGAGAUUGCAUGGCUGUGUGCUCAAUUUUAUACACCUGUCAGCAACGGGUGUGGCUGAAAUAACUGAAUCCACUGAUUUGAAGGGGUGUCCACAUAGUUUUGUGUAUAUUUAGUGUAGCUGUAAUUUUAGCUUUACUGCUAUCAUUAAUUGGUGGCGUGAUCCACUAAGGUAGUAAGGCCAGCGACGGCAAGGUACGGUGGCCGUGAAUUUCCCCGUGGGGAAGGUUUUUUGAGGAAAAAAAACUCCACUGUUGGUGCUCAAGUCAGAUAACGCAUAUGUGACAAAGUAGAUGAUUUAUAAAAACGCAUAUAAAACAUUGUACAGUGUAGCCUAUAUGCCUUACACAAUCAGUACAGUACAGUGUAGCCUAUAUGCCUUACACAAUCAGUACAGUACAGUGUAGCCUAUAUGCCUUACACAAUCAGUACAGUACAGUGUAGCCUAUAUGCCUUACACAAUCAGUACAGUACAGUGUAGCCUAUAUGCCUUACACAAUCAGUACAGUACAGUGUACCUAUAUGCCUUACACAAUCAGUACAGUACAGUGUAGCCUAUAUGCCUUACACAAUCAGUACAGUACAGUGUAGCCUAUAUGCCUUACACAAUCAGUACAGUACAGUGUAGCCUAUAUGCCUUACACAAUCAGUACAGUACAGUGUAGCCUAUAUGCCUUACACAAUCAGUACAGUACAGUGUAGCCUAUAUGCCUUACACAAUCAAGGUGAAACACUUGAGCAACGAGGCAAGCAAUGACAUGCUGUAAAAGAUGUGCUGGCUAAACAGCGUUUGCUGUUGAAUUAAUACAUUUAAAUACAGUUUUUUGUUAUUUUUCAUUGCAUUAUUUGCAGUUGUCACUAUGACAAUGAAGACAGCCUGAAAGCACUGAAUGAUCUUGUGUUACCACUUUAUUAAUAGGCCUACAGCAUGCAGUAGGAUGUGUUGAUCAGUUGAUUGACAGGUGUACUGUAGAACGAUAAACAUUGAACUUUCCUCUAGUGUGGAUGCUCGCCAAUGUGGGUUCGAGUCUGGACUCGCGAUAAACUUCUUUUAAAAAACGUAACACUAUUACUGCAAUACUGCCAUCUGUAGGAUGAUAACGAGAGUGCUUGACUUUGUUAAGGAUGCUCUUAUAGAAAAGUGUUUGUUCACCACCAUCUAUGUCAACAUUUGUAAUUGGCUGAUGUAGAACUUGUUUCAGGAAAUCAUCACUGUCAUCUGGUGAGGUUAGCAUAGGGCAAAGGGCUAACGUGUGGCAGGUUAUCUGAUGGAACCAGCUACAAUGUAGUGUACUAUCAUGUAAAUCGACAAUUGUAAUUGGCUGAUGUGUAUUUUGAGACGGGUCAAACAAAAACAUCCUAAUGAUUGGUUGAUACAUAGUGCCUCACACAAUGCAGGUGAGAAGCAAGUGCAGCAACUUGUAGGCGACUUCAUCAAACACUGCAUGACCUUUGAUCACAUGAUUUUUGUAAAGUUCAUGCAGUCGACAUGGCGUAUAAGUCUGACCAUUUUAAAAACCAUAACGCAACACACUUUGAAAGGACUUGAAAAAAGUGAUCCACUCUAACAUGCGCAAUGAGUGUGGUCCACCUCAGUGGAUCUGUGCUGCCCUCUGGUAGCUGAAUAUGGUAGUUUCACAGCUUCUGAUUACUGUGGCGCUUGACUUUCUGUUAGCACUCUGGUUCAUUAAGAUAAUGGGAAAUGUAAUUCAAAAGACAGUUAGGUGAAUUUAAGUUUAAACUCUUUGCUAUGCUGGGCUUUUGGCACUAGUUUGGGUGAUGCUUGCUUUCGGAUCUGUUCUGGAUUUUUCUGAUUUUCUAUGUGUGUCAGUACUAUAUCAGUAUUCUACUGCAACUUUUUCCUUUUGUUGUUUUUUGUUUUUCCUUCCAUUUUUUUUGCUCCUUGGUCUAUCAGAUUGAAAUGGCGAUUGAGACGCUCCAAAAGACUGAAGGUUUAUCCAGUCAGAGAAGCUCGCUGCUCAACAGCCAUGUAAGUCGCCACUCUAAACGCCUCGCCUGCCUGCCCUGUAUAGCUGUGCUCAUUCUCUAGUACCUCCCAGAUCUAGCUCUUAGCCCCUCCCUCUCCUUCUCUCUGGUGGUGGGGGGUGCUUCCUAUGCUCAGAUUUUAAUUUUUCGCUGCUUUAGUUAAUUGUGCUUUUAAUGCUAGGGAAGGGGGGUGUUAAUAUUUACAGACAAGUGGGGGUGAAACAUGCAUCUGCUGUGGAUUACAGAGCGCUGUAGUGACAUACAUGUGUGUAAUUGACAUAAUAUCUUCUCUCCCCCACAGCUGCAAUGGCUACUGGAUAACUAUGAGACUGCGGAAGGGGUGAGUCUGCCUCGCUCCACCCUCUACAACCACUACUUGCGCCACUGCCAGGAGCAGAAAUUGGACCCGGUCAACGCCGCCUCCUUCGGCAAACUCAUCCGCUCGAUCUUCAUGGGGCUACGCACGCGACGCCUCGGCACA